UUGAAGGUCGCCGAGUGCUCCAGAACUGUUAUCUAAGAGACAGAAAGAAAGAGUAAAUCGUUGGUGUUUCUUGGUCAACACGCACAUGUGUUGUUUCAUAAAGCUUAUGGAACAACAGCUUAUUUAGCAGGGUUGAUACAUAAUUGAUGAUAAAGUAUGACUUGGAUAACUGCUGUGGAUAUCAGAACUUCAAAACAUCACAUUCAUGCAUACAGGUCCCCUGGCCCAAACUGAAGACCCUGCUGGUGAAGAAGCUAGACAAGAGUAUGGACGACUUCUUUGCCUCGUGUCCUACAGACGAACUGACCCCCCUCCCCAAUGUGGAAAAUAUACAGUACAGUGAAAUCAAACAAAGGGUGCUGAAUAGGCUGAAGAGAUUUGAUGGUGCUCCUUUCACAAUACAGCGUUUGUGUGAACUGAUAACUGAACCCAAGCUACAUUACAAGAGGACAGAUAAGUUUAUAAGGGGUAUUGAAAAGAAUGUAAUGGUAGUAAGCACUGUAGACCAGUAUGGGAACAAAAUUAUUGUAGAGCCCAAGUCUAUGGUCAAUGGACUUGAUGCCAACGGCCACUCAGAUGAGUCCAGUCUAUUUACCUCUCCCCUGCCGCCCAUCAGUUCUCCGGGACUCAACGCGGCCAGCUGGAUGUCUGCCUCCUUUGCCACCAACUACCCACUACACACCAGCACUGAGGAGGGAGCUACAGCAGAGACAUCUACAAAUCUGCCAUUACAAGACAAGCUAGAGAACCAAGACAAACCAAAGACUAGUGAAACUGAAGCCCCAUCUAGUAGCGAGUUGGAGAAGUGUGUUGCUGGGGAGGGGAAGGAAGACGCAGGUGCUAAGGAGUUGGGUGAUUCUACUGUUGCUGGUGAAAAUUUGGAAGAAUUGGAAGUUGAUGAGAAAGGGGACACUGUCAAACUAAGCCUUGCUCACUGGCCACAGAGCUCCCCAGAGAAGAACGAGCAGGCAGAAAAAGAGAAAGGGACAGGUGAAUGUAAAAUGGGAGAAGGUGUCCAGAAAGAGCCAACACCUGACAGCAGCAGUCCAAUCACAACCUCAGAAAAGUCUAGCUAUCACCAAGAAUCUAACGAGGCUGAUUCCACCAAUACAGCUACCAAUUCAUCUGAAUUAAAGGACCAAUCACAAUCCACUAGUGAAGAAAGUAUCGGCCAAUCGGAUACUCAUUCAGAAUUAGUUAAUAUUAUUCAGUCUAGUGAUGACAUUUCCAGCCAAUCAAAUGAUGCCAUACAAAUGGACAUGCCAGAAUCCAACCAAUCAGGAUCAGGCUCUGAUGAGAACUCAAGAGAAUGUGAAGAGCCUCCCAGAAAAAUGCAAAGGACAGACUCUGACGAGACAGAGGGUUUUUCAAUGUCUUUAGAUUCCAGUUCAGAAGAUGACGGCACAAGUUUAAAAUCCUCUGAAGAUCAGAAAAAUAUAUCAGACAAGAAUUCAGAGCAGUUAACAGAUGUAACUAGUACUUCUCAGUCUAGAGAGCUAGAAAAAGCAGUGACAGAAAAUACAUGUGAAGCUAUGGAUACUGACUAAGAUUUUAUCAGAAUUGAAAUUGUAUUAUAGAGAAUUGAGAUAUUAUUUAAUAAUUGAGAGAUACCUCUAGUUAAAAUAUUGUGUUUAAAUCAUUUUUAAAGUAAAUUUGUUGUAAGACAAUGAGUUGUGAAAAAAAGGUGUCAUGAGUCAGGGACAUCAUAAGUUUAUUUCCAAUAUAAGGAAGUGCAAAGCUCGAGUGGUUAGGUAAAUGGAAAAUUGCUGAAGCAUAUAAGGAAGUCAAAAAAAGCAAGUGGAAGGUACAAGUCCUUUAUGAGAUGUCAGCAAAGAUAAAGGAGUUGUCAGCUUUAUGUUAGCUGUUGUAUUUCAGUAGAUUUCAUAGGUAAAAGUUUCAACAGAUAAUUCCAUCCGUUACAUCCGCAAAACCUCUUACAUUUUAAUACCAGGAUAAUAAUGAUUUGAAUAUUAAUUAGUUAGUUGACCUUCUUUGGCUCUGGUACAGCUUUAAGCUGGUUGUUCUACAGUGUCUUAAAUCUGUGUUAAUUUUGUUGGUUCAUUUGUGGGUUCUCGGUGUUUGUAAUUUGUUUUCAUGCAUACGAAUUCAGUAUCUUGUUUGAAAUCCUUGGAUGGGAUUGGGGGUGGGAGGGGGCUCUGUUCAGAUUAAUUUAUGAUAACAAAUAUGAAAAAACAAGUAUUAGUGAAUUCUCCUUUUUCUGAAGAAAAAUGAGAAAUUAGGAAUUUUUAACCGUGUAUUAAAAACUGCUAAUGUUAUUGAAGGAAGUUGCUUGACUUCUCUGCCAGUAUCAUUACUUAAUUUCACACCAUGUUUUACUGUUACAUCAUCAUGGCUACUUUUUAUAUGUCGUAGAUCUGGCCAAAAAUGUAUACUUAUGUGACAUGAUUGAUAUAAAUAAUGAACAUUUUCUCAGGUAAACACAUUGAAAUGAUAUUCGGUAAUCAUUAUGAAAAGAUUCUUGUUUCUGAAUAUAUUUGCUGCUGUUUGGGGAAGAUAUCUCUCCUGUUUCAUCCAACUUGUCAUCGAUUCAGAAUGUUUAUCUGGUAGAGAUGUCGAGCUUUUGAUUACAUGGAAGUUUUAUUUGUAAGAAGAAUUAUGAUCUCAACGACACUACUUAUAAUAGCAGCAAAUAUAUAUGCAGGUGCCUACAUUUCUCAUGGGACAGUGACAUAUUUCUCAUGGGAUAAUUCUCAUUAGAUAAGUGGGAUACUUUGGUCAGAUGGUACAAGAAAAAAGAUCGAAGAAACUGAGCAAUAUCCUCAAAAUUAUUUGUAGGCGAAAACAUUGAGGAGUAAACUGUUAUAUCCCUGAAAUUGUCACACAUGAAAAUUAUUAUGUUCUUGUAUUUUGUAGAAAUAAAUUCAUUUUAAAUAAAACUUGGUUUCAGA